AAAUUAUAGAGCCUAAGUCAGAGAUUACAUCUCGUAGUGGGGUUUUUUUCAGUAUAAAUUAAGGCUCAGUUGAAAGAAAGUUUCAUUCUACUCUCAAAAGUCUUUCUUGUUGGAUAGUAAAAGAAGUUCCAAGAAUAUGAAGCUCAAUAAUACCCUAAUUCUGCUAGCACUUUUAUGUGCAUCUCUUUUUCUUGCUUCAACUUUAGCAGUUGAUGAGAAAUCUCAAGAUGAGAAAAAAGCAGCAAAUGAAGGCCAGACAACUGUUCAAUUAGAUGCCGCAAAACAAGGCCAAGGCGGCUAUGGAGGCGGAGGUCAUGGUGGCUAUGGAGGCGGUGGUCAUGGAGGUGGCGGUGGUGGCCAUGGUGGUGGUGGUCAUGGAGGCGGUGGCCAUGGCGGUGGUGGCCAUGGCGGAGGGUGCAGAUACGGGUGUUGCGGCGGAUAUGGGAGAGGAGGAGGCUGCAAGUGUUGCUCUACUGCUCAAGAAGCUCUGGCCUACAUGCAAAAAGAAGCCAAUCGCCCAUAAAUGAAGAACCUAAACAACUUCUAAUUAUGUCAAUCUGCUUUUGUAAUAAGUCCAAAUAAAACUACGUACGUUUCUUGAUUUCUAGCUUUUAGCCUAAUGCAGUUGCAUGCAUGUGUACUGGAAAUGAUAUAGCAAAUAUGCAAUAAAUAUCAGUAUUUUAUUCUCUCCA